AUGUCCGGCGAUGGAAACUCCAGCGGCGGCGGCUCGGGCGGCCGCGGCAGGCGGCGCUCCGUCGGGUUCGACUUGAACUCGUUCGACGAUUGGGCGAGCAUGUACAAACUUUUUGGCCAAGCCGAGACGUUGGCUUUGUACGACGCUUGGAUCAGCGUCUCGUACGAUCCUGUCGUCGGGAAUCAACAAACCCACAAGUGCUUUUGGGAAAAAGUCACCGACCUUUACAACGCCCGAAGGCCGACGACUACCGUUCGCCGCAACGUGAAGAUGCUCCGCAGUCAUUGGGACCGAACGGACAAAGAUGUCAAAAAAUUUUGCGCGAUAUACAGGGGAGAAGAGGCGAAUUAUCAGAGCGGAGCCAGUGGAGCCGACAUUCUGAGAGCGGCGUUGCGGGUCUUCAAAGACGACGUCGGCAAAGAUUUCAAGCUUGUCGAUGUUUGGUCGCAAGUCCACCACCUUGACAGGUGGGCUGGCGGUGUCGAGUCGGCCUCGGGCUCGAAACGCAUGAAGCGCACGGCGCGUGGCCACUACUCGUCUAGUGAUGGCGGCGAAGGCAACACCUCACGUGAGGGCACGCCAACCGAUGAUGUAGGGGGCUACUGA